AUGGAUAACAGUAAUUCUGAACAAACCGUGCAAGAUGGCAAACUCUACAGAAACCUCAAUUCUCUCAUCGUCGCUCAUCUUAGGGACAACAAUCUUACUCAGGCUGCUAGUGCUGUUGCUUCAGCAACCAUGACUCCACUGAAUGUGGAAGCCCCACCUAACAGACUUCUUGACCUGGUUGCUAAGGGUCUUGCAGCGGAAAAAGGCCACAUCACUAGAGGCCCUGAUUUCUCUGCCUCACUUCCCAUGCCCCACACAACAGCUAUUGAUUUCAGCACUGCACCUGAUAUGAAAAGUUCCGCAAAGAGCUUCCCGAAGCAUGAAACGCGACACCUUUCGGAACACAAGAAUAUUGCCAGGUGUGCUAGGUUUAGUGCUGAUGGAAGGUUUGUUGCCACCGGAAGUGCCGAUACAUCAAUAAAGCUAUUUGAGGUUUCGAAGAUCAAACAGAUGUUGCUGCCAGAGGCAAAGGAUGGUCCUGUGCGGCCUGUCAUUCGAACAUAUUAUGAUCAUAUACAACCAAUAAAUGAUCUUGAUUUUCAUCCACAAGGUACUAUCCUGAUUUCUGGGGCCAAAGAUCAAACGAUAAAGUUUUUUGAUAUUUCAAAAACGAAUGCAAAGAGAGCAUACAGGGUUAUCCAGGACACACACAAUGUUCGAUCUGUAUCUUUCCAUCCUUCUGGAGAUUUUCUGCUGGCAGGAACUGAUCAUGCAAUUCCACAUUUGUAUGAUAUAAAUACCUUUCAGUGUUAUCUGUCAUCAAAUGUCCCAGAGACUAGCCCUAAUGGAGCCAUAAACCAGGUCAGAUAUUCUUGUACAGGUGCCAUGUAUGUCACUGCAUCUAAAGAUGGUGCUAUUAGGUUGUGGGAUGGCAUCACUGCCAAUUGUGUGCGCUCAAUAACUGCAGCACAUGGAACAGCUGAGGCUACCAGUGCAAUUUUUACAAAAGAUCAACGGUUUGUUCUCUCCUGCGGGAAGGAUUCUACCAUAAAGCUUUGGGAAAUUGGCUCUGGAAGAUUAGUCAAACAAUAUCUGGGAGCUAUACAUACCCAGCUAAGGUGCCAGGCUAUUUUUAAUCAGACAGAAGAGUUUAUUCUAUCCAUAGAUGAACUGAGCAAUGAGAUCAUUAUCUGGGAUGCAAUGAAAACAGAAAAAGUUGCAAAGUGGCCUUCUAAUCAUGUUGGUGCACCCCGCUGGCUUGAACACUCACCAGUAGAGUCGGCCUUUAUUUCCUGUGGAACUGAUAGGUCAGUUCGAUUCUGGAAGGAAACAGUAUAA